AUGGAGAAGAUUGAGAAUGUUGAUAUUCGGGCAAAACGAUACCUAGAAGAUGCUGGAAGGGAUAAAUGGUCUAGGCUUUAUUCACCUGUUAACAGAGGAUGGACAAUGACUUCGAAUAUAGCCGAAUGUAUUAAUGGAAAGCUGGUUGCCGCAAGAGAGUUACAUAUUUUCUAUUUCCUUGAAGAAGUGAGGAAGAUGUUAAUGCUUGUUUAUUGGUUAAAUGGUUCUCAGGUUGAAGCGUCAACUGAAUAUGUUUACACAGUGAAUGAUGGACCGAGGCGUUUCAUAAUCUAUUUGAAGGAGAAAACUUGCAGCUGCAGGAUGUUCCAACUAGACGAGAUACCGUGUUCUCAUGCAUGGGCAGUAUUAAAGAAUAAAAAUUUGAUUGCUGAUGCAUAUUGUUCGGAAUUAUUCAAGCCAGAAACAGUUGUGAACACAUAUGAUGUGCCGGUUGAUCCUCUUCCCAAUGAGACCGAGUGGAAUGUUCCUAAAAGUAUAUCAGAUGAAGUUGUUAUGCCACCGAUCUAUAAGAGACCCCCUGGGAGGCCAAAAAAAGAAGAGGGACAAGCCAUUUACAGGAGUUGGUGA